CCUCGCCUUUCCGCACCCUUGUCUUUCCCCAACUACCACCACCACUAUGGCGUCGCAACAACCGAGCAAACCGGACUUGAAGUACCGCGAGCCCUUUACCUGGGACCUCUGCUACAAGUUCCUCAACAAGACGGCCUUGCAUCCGCUCGCUCUCAUUGCCAUUCCCCUCCUGGGCUACGCUCUGGACCGGCGCUCUGCGCACAAUCCGAGCUUGUACCCGCCCUUGACCGACUGGCAGCACGUCAAGGGCCUGCUCUUCUCUGCAGAGACGUCGAAGCCGCUCAAGUGGCUCGGACGUCUCUUUAUCCUCGUCGCCGUCAAGUCCAUCAGCAAUGCCCUGACGAGGUACACGCGCAACCACGGCGAGUGGCGGCCCGACCGGCCCGACUGGAAGAAGGAGGUCGUCGUCAUUACGGGAGGUGCCUCAGGCAUCGGCAAGGCCACCGUCGAGAUCCUGUCGCACGAGCGGCGAGCAAAGGUUGCCGUGCUCGACAUGGGCCCUCCCCUCUACGCUCCUGCGCCCCCCGGUGCGCCCGAGAUCCUGUAUAUCAAGACGGAUGUGACAAAGCCCGAGCAGGUCAAGGCAGCUGCCGACCAGAUUCGCGCCAAGCACGGCGAGCCCACGAUUCUGAUGAACUGCGCCGGAAUCGCCUCGGGCAACCUCAUCCUCGAGACGACGCUCGCGGGUGCCGAGAGAAUCUGGAAAAUCAACACGCUAUCCCACUGGAUCACCGUCCAGGAGUUCCUCCCGCACAUGAUCAAGCAGAACCACGGACACAUUCUCAGCGUUGCUAGCGCAGCUGCCUACAUGUCGUUGCCUCAGUUGUCCGAGUACGCCAUGACCAAGUGUGGCGCGCUGGCCUUCCAAGAGGUCCUUCGUGGCGAGCUCAACGCUCGCUACCACGCCCGAAAAGUGCGCACAUCCGUCUGCUGCCCCACGAAGGUCUACACGCCCUUGGCCGACGGCAUGGAGGACCACAACAUGCCGUUCCUCACGCCCAACCUGAUGCCCAUCCAAGUGGGCCGCGCCAUCGUCGGCGCUUUCGAGAGCGGCCUGAGCCAGGACAUGGUCAUGCCCGAAGCCCUGAGGAUCCUGCCCGCAAUGCGAGGCCUUCCCUUCUGGGUCAAGCGUGGCUUCCAGAUUCUCGGCCACACGGACAACCAGGUCACGUCAAAGACGAUGAAGCGCGCCGCUGCGAAUGGAUACGGAAAGGCCUGGGAGGGCGAUGACAAGGUGCUGCGCGAUGCUAUGCUCAAGGCCCUCAACGAGAAGUAGACGAUGAAAUGAAUACAGCCAUCAAUGUAAUUACCUGCUUGCCUUUUGCGUCCAAUCAUAAUAAAAAUUGUCGUUCCUAGA